AUGGAUGAACCUGAAAGUAGUAGGCAUAAACAGGUCAAUAUUGAAAUUGAUGAUCAAUUUGCUCCGGAUGGCAAGGAUGAUGUUGUUAAUGUGAAAGAAGGGUUUGUAACAAGUACAGACCAAGCUCAAGCAAAGGCCAUGCGCAAUGUGGGUAUGAAAAUGAGUCAGAUCAUGGAUUUUUUGGUCCACCAGUCAGGGGGUUAUGAGAAGGUGGGCUUCAUUCACAGAGAUUUGCACAAUCAAUUCCAAGCUGAGCGCAAAGUACAACUCGCAGAAGGUGAUGCGAAGGCUGCGUUAGGAUACUUAUCAGCUAAAUUAGAUGCAGAUCUAUUAUUUUUUUUCAAAUACAACGUCGAUAAGGACAACCAGUUGGACAAGGACAACCAGUUGGACAAGAUUUUCUGGGCAGAUUGUAGGUCUCGAAUGGAUUAUGCUGCAUUUGGUGAUGUAUUGGUAUUUGAUACAACUUAUUGUACAAAUGCAUAUAAGAAGCCAUUUGUAAUUCUAGCUGGCGUGAGUAACCAUUUUAUGACAACUAUAUUCGGAUGUGCUUUGUUGCCUGAUGAGACAGUGGAGACAUACACGUGGGUGUUGGAAAUGUUAAUUGAGGCGAUGGAUGGUAAAAGACCCAUCUUCGUUGUAACAAAUGGUGAUAGGGCAAUGCGUCAGGCAAUCAAAAGAGUUAUUCCAAACUGCAGACAUCGUUUAUGUUCUUGGCAUCAGGAAAUGUGCAGUUGUAGCUGA